GGAGAGCUCCGCCCUGCUCACCAUUUCUGUAAUGGCUGCUUCCUUGAAGUAGGUGCUGUCACGUGGAAUCUCUUAGCCUCAGCAUCCGGAGCUGCUGGAAGGGAGUCAGAUAGAAUUAAGUACCGCCUUCUUUGAAAUCUUCAUCCUUCAAGAACCAGCCACAUCAUGAUCUCAGUUUCAACACAGUUGUUCCUAGUCCUGUUUUCAUUGCUUUUGGUGCUGCCUGUUGUUGAAGCAGUAGAAGCCGGAGAUGCAAUUGCUCUCUUGUUAGGUGUGAUUCUCAGCAUUACAGGCAUUUGUGCUUGUCUGGGGGUGUAUGCACGAAAAAGAAAUGGACAAAUGUGACUUUGAAGGGCCUCCUGAAUCAAACCUUCCCCUGAAAACCUUUGUGCUAUUGAGUUUCAGAACUGACCUUUGGUGUCUGAAAGUUCCCCAGAAACAGUUAAUAGAGAAGUUUCAUAUUAUUGGUUAUUUUCCUAUAAAAAGGAACAAAUUGAUAUACUGUGUUAAAGGGAAAACAACAUGUUUUUGUCACAACAGAUAAUGCACUGGAAAAUGCCAUCUGUAAUUUGCAUUUGCUGAAAUUUGCAUAAGUAAUAUUUCAUAGUUUCAGAAUUCUCAGUAGAAAGAAGGAAACUCUUGCCCAGAAUCCUAGGAAAUUGCCACUGUUCAGUUAUAAUCACUGCCUCCUGCAUCAUUGAGGAAUUUUUUCUCUGUAUUUUUAUUGGAUUUUUAUUUUGUUAUCUCCCAAGUUAGUACUGUACCUAGACGUUAAAUACAGUUGGUCAGAAAUUAAAACUUAUCUCUGUUUGCGAAAAAGUUCAGAAAAUGUGUUCAAUGUAUCUAACAUUGAAAUGGAGAGAAGAUUUAAUGUAAAAAAAAAAAAGAAGAAAACUUUAUAUUGACAUUGAAAUGGAGAAGAGAUUUAUUGUUUAACAAAAACAAAAAAAUGUUUAUAUUAACUGAGUUACAUCUCCAUGGUGAGAAGUACUAUGUUAAGUAUAAACCUAUUAUGUAAGUUAA